UAUGCUGCUAUCUCUGAUCCACUCUUUACUCGACCAGCAAUAAAGGCAGCGUUUUGCUCACACCAAACCAGAGAGGCUAACUAUCCUCCUUUCCUUCCCUGCUGACUGUUAUCUUCUCCUCUAGGCUGCUUCUCCCGAAGCGCAUUGCGGCUGUUCUCGAAUUAGCAAUCUCGCUCUAUACCGCUGCUCCACCCAUCCACUGCCUGUUAUAGAAUCAACAAAAGGACUGCUGUUACCGGGAACAGCACGAAUAAGCCAAAGACUCCAGUUAUAAGCGGAAGUGGACUUUUUUCAGAAUGGCCGGGAGGAGCAGCGGACCCGCAGAAAAGGCUCUGGCUGCGGCAGGUCGCCACGUGGCGGGAGUGGGGAAGCACGUGGAAGGCGCGUGCCGGGCCAUGUGGGUGGAAGUGUCCAAUCACGGGCAGAAGCGGGAGUACCAGCUUGUGGGGGGCGACGGCGGUGGUGUGAUUGAGGGGUACAUAGUCCCAGACACCCGGUCCAUCCCCGAUCGUCUCAUAGCAGCCUUCAAGGACAAGUUCUUCCCCAUGGGUUACCCCGACAGUGUGGCGGACGGCUACAUGCUCUUCUCGCAGUACAGGGCUGUUCAGCACGUGGCCGUGGCGGCUCUUAACGUGCUCUCCACACAGUCCCUCCUGUUCGCAGCAGGUCUCCGCCCCACCCCGGUACAAGCGACAAUCGUGAGCUGGGUGGUGAAGGACGGCAUGCAGCACGCCAGCAAGAUAGCGGCCAGCCGCCUGGGGCGCAGCAUGGACGCGGACCCCAAGCGGUGGCGCGUGGCUGCUGACGUGGUGUGCGACGUGGGGGCGUUCCUCGAGUGCCUCUCGCCCAUCAUGCCGCACCGCUUCCUGCUGCUAGCCGGGCUGGCCAAUGCUGGAAAGGGCCUCUCCCUUGUGAUAGCGCGUGCCACCCGCCUGCCUCUGUACGACGCGUUUGCCAGGGAGGGCAACAUCAGCGACCUCUAUGCCAAGGGCGAGGCCAUCAGCGUGCUCUCAUCCCUCGGCGGUCUUGCUCUUGGGCUCAAGCUCGCCUCCUCUGUCUGCCAGUCAGCGCAAGCCAAGCUAGCAGCGGUGCCGGUGCUGGCGGCGGUACAUUUAUGGUCAGUGACAGAGGAGAUGAGAGCAGUGCCCAUCAACACGCUCAACGCGCAGCGCACCAACGUCCUCAUCAACCACUUCCUCUCUAGCGGCGAGCUGCUUAGCCCUGUGGACAUGCGGUGGAAGGAGAACAUCGUCAAGCCCGACCCGCCACACAUCCUGCCUGCCGCUCAUCGCCUUGCUCUCCAGCCGGCAGUGCAGGGCGUGAAAAGCAGCAGUGCCAGGAGCAGUAGCAUUGCUGGUGCCACCACCACCAUCGCCACCAGCAGCAUCAGCAGCAGCAGCAGCAGGUUAUGUGUGGGGGCUCCUCUUUCAGAAGCCUUGGGAUCUCCAAGCAACUUGGCCAAACUGAAGAAGCUGUUCUCAAAUGAGAAGUUUCUCUUGAGCUGCCCGGAACGGGACACAGCAGGGGGGGUGCCUAAAAAAAUGCAUCUGAUCCUGCACAAGACAGCGGACGGUCAGGAUGCGAUCAGAGGAUGGCUGUUAGCAUCCUGCAUCAGCCAGGCAAUAAGCAGGAGGACAUCUGUGGCUGGCAAGAGCAGCUCAAGUGGUGCCGGUUGGGGUGAUUGGGAGAGUUGUGUGAGGGAGGCAUAUGGUGAGAUGGAGCAGCUGCUGCCGCACAUGCUCGGGGGGUUGAAAGAGAAGGGAUGGCACACCCAUUCCUUUCUGCAGGGCUCUAGGGCCAGGACGGCAGUGUGGUGAUACGGUAGUGGAGAAAUCCUGUUAAAA